AUGUCGGGCCGGCGCCGGACUCGAAGCCCUUCGCAGGGUCCUUCGACCCGUAAACGGGGCCACCAGGAGCGUUCUCCGAGCCCGUACGAGGAGGAGCCGGCGAGGCGGGAGAAAAGGAAGAAGGUCUACCGUAAGUCUCAAUUGGAGAUCACGGCUGACGAAAUGCUACCGCUGCUGAACAUCACUCUCGCGACGCUGGCCCAGGUCCUCAAAAAAGUGUGUUGCUGUUGCGGCCACCAUGAGCUGAAGAUGGACUUUGGCGGACUGCAACUUUGCCACGGGGAUGGACAGGGGUGCGGGGCCGUUGUGACAACCACCCUGACCACCGCUACAAUUCGACGCAUCCGUACGAGAAAGAAACCGAAGGUGUUGGAGAUCUUCGGGCUGCAGGACGAACAGCCCGACCCGGAAUUGGGCGUCGACCAGCUGAAGGACUUGCUCGAGAAGUCGGUGGCUACGUUUGCCGAGUUUGCCAAGCGUCGGUGCGUGUGCUGCCACUCGAAAGACCUCAAGACGGAUGAGGGAGGCUUAAGGAUGUGCACCGGAUGCGAGAAGAGUGUGGUUGGAUGGUCGCCGCACGCCGACCAUCUCUACAACCGCGACCACCCGUACGAACAGCUGCGGCUGCGCUGUUCGGAAUGCCGCCAGCGUCGGGCCAUCUUCUUCGGAUGGAACCCGACCACUCCCAAAGUACGCGCCGUGAUGGGCUUGCCGCCGGACCAGCCCGACCCCGUGCAGACGGCCCGCGAGAUGAAGCGUGGGAAGAACGCGAAGAAC